AUGGAGGAGCGGAAGCAUGCAGAGGCAGGUGAGCGAUUAGACCACCUUUCCUGCGAGGCUCUGGAAGUCAUACUGAAAUCACUGAGCUUUGAUUUCAUCAAUCUGCAAGCGGCAGAGCUGGAGGAAAAUGGAGCAUCAUCCUUGCUGGAUAUGAUUUUGUAUUAUGAAUCUACCCCUCAUCUUGACAUCUCUGACAACACCGGCAUGGGGGUAUCUGGUUGGAAGGCCCUCUCUCAUUUGAUAAAGCAGAGUGUGUGUCUGUUGAGGCUGGAUGUGUGUAACGUGGCCCUGCUACAGUAUCCAGCCCAGGUCCUAUCAAGAGCCCUCCUAAGCAGCAGACUCACCGUGCUGCACCUCCAAAGCACCUGCCUCAGUGGCAGACCCCUCUUCACGCUUGUGGCUGCUCUGAAGAGCAACAGAGCGCUCCGGGAGCUGUACCUGUCCAACAAUAAUCUGAACAGCGAACAGGACUCUAUGCAGUUAGGAGACCUGCUCAGAUACAACAGCUCAAUCACUACUCUGGACCUCAGCAACAACACCAUAGCAAACUCAGGUGCACUUAAAAGAACAUAUUCUGUAUGA